AUGGCCGACAAAGAAGCAGAUAUCAAGUUCAUGGCUGAACCGUCGUGCGAAUUUGAUGUGCCAGUGGGCAAUUCUACAAUAGAUCCAGUGAAAGAAAGAAAACUGCUCUGGAAACUUGAUCUAUGCAUUUGCCCAUUAGUGAUGUCUAUUUUCCUGGUUGCUUAUCUCGAUCGCAGCAAUCUAGGUAAUGCCGCUGUCGCAGGGAUGCCUGAGGAUAUUGGUUUAGUCGGCAACCAGCUUGGGAAUGCUGUUUCCUUGUUCUACGCAACCUACGUAUUCUUCGAGAUCCCGUUCUCAAUGCUUCUCAAGAAACUGCGCCCAAAUAGGUUGAUUUCAGCAUUGAUCAUUGGCUUCAGUGCCUCCAUAACCGCGGCUGGGUUUAUCAAGAAUGUCGCGGGAUUAUACAUCACUCGAUUAUGUUUGGGUAUCUUUGAAAGUGGUCUAUUCCCCUGUUUAACCGUUCUCUUGACUACUUUCUACAAGAGAGAAGAGCAGGCCCAGAGAAUCUCCUACCUGUUUGUAUCUGCUGCACUUAGCGGUGGAUUUGGUGGAUUGUUAGCCUUCGGGCUCAUUCGUCUCGACGGUGCCUGUGGGCUUGAGGGCUGGCGGUGGCUCUUUAUCGUCGAAGGCCUAAUGAGCGCCGUUGUUGGCAUUGCCACCUUUUUCUUUCUUCCGAAUGACUAUGAAACAGCAUACUUUCUCAAUGAAGAAGACAAGAAAAUCAUGCGCAUACGUAUGCAGCUAUCUGCACAAUAUGCCGACAUUGGGCCAUUUGACAUCUGCGAAGUCUGGAAAACGCUGCGCGACCCAAAGAGCUGGUUGACCUCCUUCAAUCAGAUCAGUGUAAACAUCUGCUCUUUCGGUUUCAGCACAUUCCUACCCACUAUCAUCAAAUCUUUUGGCUAUGAUUCGGUGAAGACACAGUUGCUCACCGUCCCUGUCUAUAUUUGGGCAUCGGUGUUCUAUCUUGUUAUCGCUCAUCUAUCUGAUAGGGUCUGCAUGCGAGCAGUCUUUAUGACACCAUUGUGCCUGGUGACAGCAGUUGGUUACUCAAUGAUGUUAGGUGUCGAUGUUCAUGACAGAGGCCCGCUCUACUUUGCAACAUACGUUUGCGUGACUGGAAUUUACUGCGUCGUUGGUCUGGGGGUGUCAUGGAAUGCCAAUAGUCAUGCAGGUUACUAUAAAAGGACCAUGGCCGUCGGCCUACAACAAACUAUCGGAAACUGUGGCGGGCUCAUAGCCGGUCAAAUUUACAAGUCUCCUGUCAAUGGACGGUAUGUUCUCGGUCACUCCGUCUCGCUAGCCACUAUCUGUCUAGCAUUUUUUGGAAAUGCAAGUAUGUAUCUUCUUUUGAGAUAUCACAACAGCCAGCGAGACAAGAUGUCGCCAGAGAAACGCCAGCAAUUGAUCAACUCAGGCUCAUACGAAACUCAAGGCGGGGACUUCCAUCCAGAUUUUCGAUAUAUCUUGUGA